CCAUGCUAAGAGCAGUGAGAGCAAGCAAACCCUUACCUCUAACAAAUCUACGAAGCGCUAGUUUGGGAUAACAUUAAAACAUUCAUCUCAACUGCAACUGUCUAAGCCUUUUCACUUGCAAUGGACAGCACUUCUUCACCAAUUGCGCCGAGAGAAGGUCAUUCGUCUCGGGAGUCCAGUCCUGUGCGUAGACGCAGCAGCAGAAGGAGGUCAGGGAGCGUGUCUUCGGGUUAUACAACUCCUCUCGACUUUGGGACCCCUGCUACUGCCAAAGGAACACCUUCAUAUGUCAAUUAUCGCAAUGAUAUCAGCAGUUCCUCAACAGGGAGGCGUCAAAGGCAACCUGUUACUCCCAGCAGUGGUGGGGAUGCGACAGAGAUGCCUCAGUCUUCCGAGGGUGACCUUGAUGGCAACCCCCCUAUGCUUGUUUGGGGCACAAAUAUAAGUGUUCAAGAUGUCAAUCAAGCAGUUCAGCGCUUUCUGAGGAAUUUCAGGGAUGAUCCUUCGGAUCUUGAGGGGAAAUACAUGCGGCUAUUAGAACAGACAAUGGAAGUCGAAGGUGAUUCGUUGAAUAUUGACGCAAUGAACAUCUUUGAAUAUGAUGAAGAUCUUUAUGGGAAGAUGGUCAGAUAUCCUCUUGAAGUUCUUGCCAUUUUUGACAUUGUAUUGAUGGAUGUUGCUGUUCACCUCAAGCCUCUGUGGGAGAAGCACAUACAGGCAAGAAUAUUCAACCUUAGAGAUACAGUAAACAUGAGAGAACUGAAUCCAUCAGAUAUUGAGAAGAUGGUAUCAGUGAAAGGAAUGAUUAUUCGAUGCAGCUCAAUAAUACCAGAAAUCAAAGAAGCAUUUUUCAGGUGCCUUGUUUGUGGAUAUGCUCCUGCACCAGUGCCUGUUGAUAGAGGUCGCAUUGAUGAACCUACACGUUGUGCAAGGCCAGAAUGUGCUGCUAUGAAUUCUUUGACAUUGAUGCAUAACAGAUGCAGGUUUGCCGAUAAGCAGAUUGUAAGGCUGCAAGAAACACCUGAUGCCAUUCCAGAGGGGGAAACCCCACACACUGUUAGCUUGCUGAUGCACGACAAACUAGUUGAUGCAGCCAAACCUGGUGAUCGAGUUGAGGUUACUGGGAUUUUCAGAGCUAUGACAGUUAGAGUGGGACCAAACCAAAGGGUUGUGAAAUCUCUUUUUAAAACCUACAUUGAUUGUCUUCAUUUAAAGAAGGCAGACAAGACAAGAUUGCGAGCUGAAGAUCCAAUGGAACGUGAUGCCAAUAGUGACAGUUUUGCUUCUUUUCAAGAGGGUGAUAUGUCACCAGCUGAUUAUGAAGCUAAGAUUGAGAAGUUGAAAGAACUAUCACGACUGCCUGAUAUCUAUGAGAGGCUAACCAGGUCAUUAGCACCGAGCAUUUGGGAGCUAGAAGAUGUAAAAAAAGGGCUCUUGUGUCAGCUUUUCGGGGGAACUGCAGUAAAGCUAGCUUCAGGUGCCACAUUUCGUGGUGAUAUUAACAUCCUGCUUGUUGGGGAUCCGGGUACGAGUAAGUCUCAACUACUUCAGUAUGUGCAUAAGUUGGCCCCUCGAGGCAUUUAUACAAGUGGUCGUGGAAGUUCUGCAGUUGGUUUGACUGCUUAUGUAUCAAAGGACCCUGAAACUGGUGAAACAGUUCUGGAAAGUGGAGCAUUGGUAUUGAGUGAUAGGGGUAUUUGCUGCAUAGACGAGUUUGACAAGAUGUCAGAUAAUGCUCGUAGCAUGUUACACGAGGUUAUGGAACAGCAAACAGUAUCAAUUGCAAAGGCUGGGAUCAUAGCAUCUCUUAAUGCAAGGACGUCUGUUUUAGCUUGUGCCAAUCCUAGCGGUUCACGCUACAACCCUAGACUUUCAGUUAUUGACAAUAUCCAACUUCCUCCAACAUUGCUUUCCAGGUUUGAUCUGAUCUACCUAGUGCUUGAUAAGGCUGAUGAACAAACAGACAGGCGCCUUGCAAGGCAUCUUGUUGCGUUGCAUUAUGAUGAGCCUGAGGACCAAACGCUGGAUGCAUUGGACCUCCCGACCCUCACUUCGUAUAUCACUUAUGCAAGACAACAUAUACAUCCUAAAAUAUCUGAUGAGGCUGCAGAGGAUCUGAUCCGUGGCUAUGUUGAAAUGCGUAGGAAGGGCAACUUCCCUGGCAGUAGCAAAAAGGUUAUCACAGCAACACCCCGUCAAAUUGAAAGCUUGAUAAGAAUUAGUGAAGCACUAGCUCGCAUCCGAUUCUCUGAGUGGGUCGAAAGAUGUGAUGUGGCAGAAGCAUUCCGGCUACUUGAAGUUGCACUUCAACAAUCCGCUACUGAUCAUUCAACUGGGACCAUUGACAUGGAUCUCAUCAAUACGGGAGUCUCAGCCAGUGAAAGAAUAAGACGAGCCAAUCUUGUUUCAUCAGUUAGGAUUCUUAUAAUGGAAAAGAUGCAGGCAGGGGGACCAUCAACCCGUAUAACAGAGUUAAUGGAGGAAAUGCACAAACAGGGAUCCAAGGAAGUCAACCUCAAUGAUAUUCGGAAUGCAAUUGGAAACCUUGUGAGCGAGGGGUUUGUUACAAUCCACGGAGACAAUGUUAAGAGAACCUGAAGGGGUUUUAAGGAUGGUACAUCACCUAUAUGAUAAUUAGUAACGGUGUAUUUCAUAAGACUGAUGUCUUAGUGCUGUGACAAACUGUUUUAAUAUGCUCCGAGCUUCAUGCUUUGUAGUACAUCGCUGGAUGCUUUCUCUUGUAACAAAAUGCUGAAUUUGGAUUAAUGCAUAGCGUGGGUGUACAACCUGAUGACAAAAAAUGACAUCACUGCGUUCGUUGUGUCAAUUUUAGCUUCAGUGUUGCAUAGAUUUCACAUGAGCUAAUGAUGGAUAUCUUAUAAUUCUUGCUCAGAUAAUUAUUUUAUUAGAACCAUUGGUGUUCUGUUCUAUCAAGUUAUGGUAAAAGGGAUAAGUAAUUGCAAAUACAACAAUACAAUGGUAUACAUUUACAGAGUUA